AUGCAAAUAUAUUUAAAUCGAUUAAUUCAAAAUCAAUAUUUUCAAUUGAUAUUACAUUUAAUAUCUCCUUUAGUCGAUAUUUUAUUAUUCAUAUUUAUAAUUAUUUGUAAUAAUAUUAAACGUAUUUGUUUCGAAGUAUAUCUUUUAUUUACACGACUUCCACCUACACAAGCAUGGAUGGAUCCACGAGAACAAGAACUAGUAGUGAAAUAUAUUCAGAAAUUAAAACGAGAACGAAGUGAACAAAAAAUAUCUAUGGUUGAAUAUGGUGCUGGUAGUAGUACAUUUUUCUUCAGUACUUAUGUUGAUUAUUAUGUUAGUAUAGAGCAUAGUCCUCAUUAUUGUCGUGAACUUGAACGUAUGGCUAUUAGUCAACCACAUCGAUCUGUUAAAAUAUUUUAUAUGGGACGUAAUUCAUCGGGAUUUUAUAUAAAACAUUGUUUUGAACAAAAGCCAGAUAAAUUAAAUUUAACUUCACAUAUUGAAAUAUAUUGUGUACCAAGAAAUGCAUAUUCAUUUAAAGCUUAUUACUUAUGGGCAACAAGUAAACGAAGUACUUAUACAAUGUAUCGUGAUUAUGUCGAUUUUCUUUCAAUAUAUUUUCGUAAUACAAAAUUUGAUUUUGCUUUUCUUGAUGGACGUGCACGACCACAAGUUGCUUAUGCUAUAUUGAAACAAUUAAAUGGACUAAAUGCAAAAGUAUUUAUACAUGAUUGGAACCAACGUAAAGAAUAUCAUAUAAUUGAACGAGAAUUUUAUAAUAUAAUUGAUCAACAAAUUGAAAGUACUCAAUCUGGUGGUGGAGGUCUUGUUGUAUUACAUAGAAAAUCGGAAGGUAUUGGAGAAAAAAAUAUCAAUGAUAUUGAUUGGAAAUAUGGAAAAGAACCAGAAUGGUGGAUUUAA